UAUAGUUUCAGGCGAACAGUCGCUGUGACAUCGCCGGCCCAAGCGGACAUGACACGCGGCUGCCAUGUUUAAUUUCUUCAAGAGGAAAGGCGGCAAACCCGAGGCCGCGGCGACGGCCGACGACGCCCGAAAACUCCCGAACCCCGACCAUACGAAAUUAACAUCAGUUACCGCGCGCGCGCAACGAAACGAACAGCCUAAUGACAAAACGAACAUACUACGCAAAGAUGUAGUGAACCUGUUGCUACCUGACACCGAUUACAACAACCAGAAGACUGGCGUUGGCGCUAUCCUGCAGAUUAUGGCCGGCAAAAGAAAACGGGGGAAAAGAAAGAACGUACGAGCCGAGUCGUGUCGCAUCAGCCCCUUGAAAGAGACGAAUGUAUUACAAAGGAGCAACUCCGAUCGGAAAGCGAGUGACGUAGACGUUCCCACACAAGCCAAAAAUAAUUCAGACGAUGCGGACUUCGUCAAAGCUUUGGUACUGCAGAAAUAUUCAAGGAACAACGAUAAUAAGGAACACGUGUCGUUAGUGUACGUGAACGAACCUGAUUUGGAUGAAAAAAAACAUGCGGAGGCAUUACUUAGAGAGAUCGCGCGCACUAUAGACUGCACCGUCGACAAAUUAAAUGAAACCAAACAAAUGGGAGGUACUGACAGCAAAGUUGAUAAGAGUGAACCUCUAUACGAGAGUAUUGACGAACGAAACUUGAAUUAUAGAAAUGAAUUGAAAGGGGAAUUGGAUAAACUUUUGAAUGCCGACAAUGGAGAAGCAGAUAGAAAUAGCGCGGAACCUGAGAGUGAAUCGCCAGGAAUAUCGAAGAAAUCGAAUCUGAAGCCUCCUAGGUCUGACACAGAAGGUUGUUCAGAUGACGACAGAUCAGACUGUGGGAAGAAGAGAGUCACGUUCAGAAAACACAUAGUCUUCGAUGAUGGGGAGCAGCAGACUGAUGAGGAAGUCUGUUCUUCUUUCGAAUCCCUUUCUUCUGAAGACGAAGAGUUUCUAGAAGAUGCUGACGACAUAAUAUUCGCUGAUAACACGACUGUUAUCAACGUUAAUAGUUGUGACAGCACGCCUCCAGUGACGAUUAAAGUAGAGAGUCCAGAGACUUUAAAAAGAAUAUCCAGUGACAAUAGUGAUAGUGGUUUUAUAGAAAUAGGUGAUAAGAGUGAAGUGACUGACAAGUUAGAGGACUGUGAAGGUAAUGAGAGUGAGAGUGAAGGUGAAGUGAGUGGGAGUGACUCUGAGGAGGAGAUUAUAGAGGAGAUAAUAGAAGAAGAAGUUUUGGAGACUUUCGUUGAUGGAGAAGAUGGAGAUUUGGAUGAACAGAAAACCCUGGUCUCCCAAGAGUCGAAGUUUCAAUCCCAAGUGGCGACGCUGACAGAGUUAGCGGACAAUAGAUGCGGGGAGGCUGAGAGAGCGAGGGAACUCAUCUCCGCUUAUAGGAAAGAAAUUGAGGAAAAGGAUCAGGAGAUAGAACAAUUAAAAUGCGAGUUAGCUUCAGCAUACAAGGAAUCAGAGCUGAUUCGUCAGAGAAGCCGCUCAUUGGAGGAGGAGCUGUCGGCAGCCAGGACCUGUUCCGCCAACUUGGCUGAUCAGCUACAUAGGCGGAAUGAUGAAUCAAUACGUCAACUCAGGGCGGAGUUGGAAGAUGCUCUGGGCCAGCGCGCCGAGCUCGAGUCUCGAGUGCUGGCGUUAGAGCGAGACAAGGAGAGAUUAGAGCAGGAGAAGAUAGUACAGGAACAGAAGGCACAAGAGGCCCUAGCAGCAGCAGAAGCCUGCACAUCAAAAUGGCGGGCAGCACACGAAGCAGCUCGAUCACAAGCCGCCGCCCGGGCAGAGCGCAUGCUGGCAGACUGCGAGUGGAAGAUGAGGGAGCUCGAGAAGAAGGCGAGAGACGCUGAUAAGCAGAAUAAAGAGCUAACAGCAACAGUAGAACAACUCAAAUCCGACCCCAAGCCGUCACCAGCUCAAGUAGCAGAACUCCAACAGCUCCGAGGAGUAGUCACAGAGCAGCAACGCUCGGUACAGUCACUGACGCUGCAACUCCAGAGAGUGGAGACGAGAGAGGAGGCGUUGAAGUUAGAGGUGCAUCGACUGAAGGAGCUGUUGGAGAGAGAGACUGUCAGUGGCAAGGAGAAGGAGGAGAGGCAUAGGAAGGAAGUCCAACGCCUAGAGCAGCAACACUCCAAGACCGUCGACUCUCUCCGCGCGGAACACCAGUCAGCCGCCGCGUCGUCCCGCGCGGCGCUCGAGCGCGCACACGCGGAGCGCACGCGCGCCGCGCUCGCGCAGCUCAGAGCUGAGGCUGAGCAAGAUGCUAGGAACGCUGAUAGGAAGCUGAGAGAAGUUACUACUAGGUUCGAAAACCUAAAAGAAGUGCUAGCUAACAAGGAAAGUCAGUUCGAGCACGCGAUAGCCGAAGCCCACAGCAAGGCGGACUGGGACAUCAUGCAGCUCAGACAUAUGCUGGACAAGGCUGAUAUCACGUACGCCAACAAGGUUGAAGAGAUGAGCGAGCGGUUUGAGAAGGAAAAAGAGAGUCUAAUAGAAGAGUGGUCAGAAAAGCUAAAAGUAGUAGAAGAACAAGCAGCCAGCGCCGCAGAUGAAGCUAAGAAUCUUCUAGAAUCUACCAGAAUGAAGCUCAUAGCCGAACGAAUGGAACAGGUCAAUAAACUCAAAGAACAACAUCGACAGGAGAUGGAUGACCAAUGGGAACAAUUUAUGGAAGACAAAGAGAAUUGUCUCGCGAGAAUGAAGACGGAGUGCAGACAGGAGGGAGAGGAAGAAAGAGUUAAACGAGAGAAGGAAUUGAUAGAAGAAAUAGCUGAAUUAAAGUCACAAUUGCAGUCACAAUCAAGUGAAUAUGACCAUUUGGCAGUCAAGGCAGCUGCUUGUGGCAGGACAUUAGCAGUAACAGAGCAGGAAUUAAGAGAAGCAUUGGCGAGGGAGAAGGAGUUGAGAGAGAAGAGAUCAGAAGAUGCUACCAAGAUUAAGCAGGUGGAGAAUGCCUCGAGGGACCAGAUUGAGCAUCUCACGAGGAAGUGCGCUUGUUUGAGGAAACUUUUCGACGACAUACGUGCCCGCCUAACAGCCCGGGAGCGCGCCGCCGAGCAGGACUCCAAGGCUAAGGAUAAAGAGCUCCACCAGCUGAGGGGCGAAGUCGCCAGGCUCACCAAGAUACUGUUUGAGCAGAACACUCCAAAACUAGGUGCUCGCACUAGGGCUGACGGGUGUGAGACUGCGCCCCCCGAGGAGACGCCAGCGGAGCCCCGGCGCAAGGGUAUGUCACCCUGUAUAUAGGUGGGACUCUUCAAACUCCCGAACCAGUCCGGAAACACUCGAUGUUACCCGAAGCCACGUUCGCGCGCCUAACGCCCGUAGAAAUUCAAAAUGGCCGCCGCCGGGCCAAAAGCGUCGACUUACCAGCGGUGCAAGUGCCAGUUAGAAUAAAACAAUUAGAAGAGAAGAAUAAAGAAUAAUAUUGAUAGUUUUCAAUGCACAUUGUCUGAGUAAAAACUUUACUAGGAUCCUUUGCACCAUUUAGCUAUUUUAACCAAAGCAUAACCAGCCGUAUACUUGCCGCGCAUUGCUCACAUCGGCGAUUUGACUACUGAAAAUGGUUCGGUUAUCGUUAUAGUUAAAUGGUGCAACUCACAGUAAAUAAUUGAAUUUUUAGGAAUUGAUACAUUGAGUGCUUUUGAUUUCAUUUUAGAAAAAAAAAUCACUUGAGAAAUAAUAUUGAAACGCUGUUUGAAUAUAUUCUUUAAGAAACUAGCUUGCAGCCGAUGUGUAUUUUAACUAUUAGUUUUAUUAGAGUCAAUGACUCUCGCUCGGCUAUGUAAGAGUUAGUUGAUAGAAACAGUCAUUGUGAAUUCAAUGAAGACCAUUUCAAAUAUUGCGUUUCAUAUGUAAGUAAUUUCAGACUUAACAUUUAAAUACCUCAAAAAAAGUGAAAAAUAAUGAAAUUUUUGUCACAAUGGCUCUAUCAACUCAUUCUACUAACAAAAAUGAGUACACUCGUAAUACUUUAUACUCUUUUGCUAAUUCGCCUCUGACUCCGAAGAGAAAGGGUAUAAAAGUAUACUAAAAAUAUAAAACUAAGUGCAAUAAUAAAUAAGUAUUUAUGUUUCUCAUUAUUAUUGUUAAGGUUUAAUAUAACAUUCUGACAAAGGAA